AUGGAGAACACUGAGAAUAGCCCUGCCAGCGCAAGCGACUCGGAUAGAUCUGAUUCUCCUGGACCCAUGGCGCCAAUGCCGUGGAUGAACGACUACCCGUGGGACGACUUUUUUGACCCCGUAAAACGCUUCGAUCCAGAUGAAGUUGACGCCGAUUCCAUCGAGACCAGGGUGCAGCAGCUGAUGAAAAGCUGCGAUGUCUCCAAGGGGUAUUGCUCUCGAUGCGGGUAUCUACUCAGCCACUGGCCGGCACUAAACAGUGACAUUGACUGGGAGUACACUGUGGGACAAAGUUACAGUACGGAGGAAAUCGAAGCUUCCUCACGGUGUGGAUGCAAGAUGUGUGCAUUCCUCUGGUCGCGCCUGACUGUGUCCAAUCACUGGUAUCGCUUCAGGAGGAUUGAAGCCAGGCUGGCAGCUCUCGACCGCCCCGGGCGGUGUUCGCUCACCAUUCAGAACUGGGGUGAAUCGAGCGAUGCUCAGUUUAUAUGGCUAAACCUUCCAGGCGCAGAGGCCACCCACUGCAACAUGCCUUCCGCUGAUCCGGUGCAAGCCUACUCAUUCACAUUGCCGAUAACUUCAAACGUUUGGGAAGAAGUGAUGGACCCCGUUGAACUUGCCAAGUCCUGGAUCUCUGAGUGUAGGGAGUCUCAUGAAGGCUGUCGCCCUUUGAGGAAAUAUGAUGGGCCGCGCCGACUCAUUCGCAUUUCUGAUGAUUCCGUGAGACUGGUUGAAGCAGAAUCAUGGGAAGAAACCCCAGAGUAUGCCACCCUCAGUUACUCCUGGGGUAGUGUUCCUUUCACCAAACUCACGAAAGAAACAUUCUCGUUAUAUCUCCACAAGAUACCGUUCGAGAGCCUGCCAAAGACAUUCCAAGACGCAAUUCGCCUGGCAAGAGCGCUGGGUCUCUCGUUUAUCUGGAUCGACGCUCUUUGCAUCAUCCAAGAUGCCGAAAAUCAUGAAGAUUGGCUGAAAGAGUCUGGACGCAUGGAUUGUAUCUAUGGGGGCUCCCAAGUGACAUUCUCCGCGUCUUCUGCAUCAGACGCAUUCCAGGGAUUCUUCCCCACGACGACGCCUGAAUACAGCGGCGGGUUCGUUGCACGCAUUCAGACAAACGAAAUUGGCAGGGUGCAAGACUUUUCCUCCCCGCACGCGUACGAGGAGGCGGUAAUAAGAACCCACCUUGGAAGUCGAGGCUGGGCGUUUCAAGAAAAGCUGUUGUCGCGUCGAACGUUGCAUAUUGGUGAUCAUGGCAUCUUCUGGGAAUGCCAGAGCACGGCAAAAUCCCAAUUCGUCCCGGAAGGGUUGCCUUACAUGUCAAUAGCACGUCGACUCGUUCGUCCCGAGAAUCGGGAAUGGGACUGGCCCGAGAUACUCAACAUCUACUCCAGGACGAACCUGACACUCGAAUCCGACCGGCUGCCUGCGUUGUCCGGUGUUGCGGCACGCCAGAGCGCAAUCAAUGGAGAUCAAUAUCUCGCGGGUUUCUGGAAAAGCGAUAUUGUGAGUAUGCUCGCAUGGGUCUGCCUGUCUCAGCUGUCCGAAAGACCAAGCUGGCGUGCACCCACCUGGUCAUGGGCCUCUAUCCAAGGCGAAUCCAUAAAUACAAGUGCAGGCGAGGAAAUGAAGCCCCAAGCCCGGCUUUUGGAUGGUUGGACCAAAACUGUUAGCGACAACCCAUUCGGUGGAGUCUUGGACGGCGAGAUCACUCUGGCAUGUGCCUCACUCGUUCGUGCUAGACUGGAUCGCACCGGUAUAGAAGAAUACCGCCAUUCGUGGUGGCAAACGAGCUCGGAGCGGCUUGGGUCGAAAGAGUUCCCACAUGUCAUCCUCCCUGACCUCGAAUCGCGCACCUUUUCGGUGGAUCUGGAUUGCUUAGACGUGGAAAUGCAGGGCAAACAGGAAGAGGUCAUCCUCCUUCCCCUAUUCAACGGCUUCUCUGGAAGCGGAACCGUACAAAUUCCAGAUAGUGACAGGCGAGACAAACCCAGGUCUAUCAUAGAGGCAGCGACAUCUGAAGACGAAGUGAAUGAGACAAAAAUACUUACAGAAAAAGCAGCCAACUUAGAGGUAGAGGCAGAGGAGGACUUCAUCUAUACCCCCGAUGGCGAAUGCUGGAAAAAGGAGAGAGUGAUCGAGGGCUUGGUGCUGAGAGCGGUGCCAGGUGUUCUCGGUCGCUAUACUCGGCUUGGUCAAUUUAGUUUCGAGAAUAAUCCCCGCCACGCGAGAGGGAGGAAUUUCUACGAAGAAAUGAGCUCUAUUGUUCGGGACAAAGGCGCCGAAAUGGCGAGUUUGGCAUGCAUAAGGGCGAUCUCGAGCGACGAGCACCCAGAGCAGAAGUACGUGAUUAGUAUCAAAUAA